AUGGGGAUGACGACCGAAGAAGCUAUAAAAGGCUACGAAGACUUUGCAGAAACAGUGUUCAGAAAAAGCAACCGACGGCUCCUGGAACGCACAUUCAAGGAAAAAACGCUCGAGAAGGUCAUCCGGGACAUUGUCGCCGCGAGGGCGCUGAAGACGACUGUCAUGAUUGACGAAACAAGAGACCGGAAUAGCCUCGGCCACGCCUUUGUAUGCUCCGUGCCGAGAAGCAACAUGUUCGAGGCGUAUCUGUUCCGCACUUACAGGGGCAAGUCCAACCACGCGCACAAUGUCGAAAUCUGGGAGGCUGCGCGGGCGACGUCCUCGGCUCCUGGCUUCUUCAACCCCAUACACGUCAAGGUCGAGGCCGUGAAGGAGUACUACUACGACGGCGCGCUGGCCUACAACAAUCCCGCCAAGCUCGUCCUCGACGAGGCCGACUCAUACCUGGGCUCCGACCGGAAGCUGGGAUUUCUCCUGAGCUUGGGCACGGGGCUCAAAAUUACGGAUAAGGCGUUCAAGGUCGAGGCUGAUGCGGAAAAGGCGGUAGAGCACGCCCUUGAGUUGACAAAGAGGCCUGUUCGGACGCUCAGCGGGUCUCUGCUGUCCCGCGACAGCUUGUCUGUAUAUAAACACAUCAAGACGUCGUUGACGGAUCCCGAACGCACUCACCAUGAACUCGACCAGUGGUUCCGCGCGAUUCCUAACGCUUACUUUCGACUCAAUCUGGACAAGGGCGCUGCAGAUAUCAAGCUGAACGAGUAUAAAAAGAUGAAGCUACUAAGGGAGGCGACGGAGAAGUAUCUGAAGAAGGACGAGGUAUCGGCUUCCAUUGACAAAAUCGUCAGCAUGUUACACAAGAAAGAGGGCGUUGAGAUGCCUCUAGAGGCUACUUGCCGUGCUACUUCAUAUGAAGCAUUCCGGCACGCCAUGGUCCAGGACGUCCGGCAAAGGACCAUAUCCAGCCCCCAGUUCACCGGGAGAGCCGCAAUUCUCGACAAACUUGAUAGACACUUUUGUGAACGGAAGCCUGGGUCGUCGCCUAGGAGGCUUCUCAGAAUUUGGGGCAUGGGCGGCGUCGGAAAGACGCAGAUCGCCUUGAAGUUCAGAGACCUGCAUGGCUCUCGGUUCGACCAUGUUUUCUGGAUUAACGCGGCCACCACGGACUCCAUCUACGAAAGUUUCCGAAAGGUGACAGCGCAGAUCUACGGCGGGAACCCCAGCAGACCCAACAUUACCGGCGUCCUCAACUGGUUGUCCCAAAACCGCCCAGAAGAGUGGCUUCUGGUCUUCGACAACAACGACUCUGACUCCGUCGACGUUAGCAAGUACAUCCCAGAAGGGAACACUGGUAACAUUCUCUUCACGAGUAGACGGAAGGACAUCAAGCCUACGUUGGAUCAUAAUCAGACGUAUGCUGUUGAUAUUAUGGACGAAAAGGACGCUGUGGCAUUGUUGUUGCGGUCAUCGAAGCUGGAAGACCAGCUACUGUACAAUGAUGAUCAGCAGUACGUUGGCCAAAUCGUUAAGGAACUCGGCUACCUACCGCUGGCCAUCGACCAGGCCGGUUCUUACAUCGACAUGCAAGAGUGCACCUUCAAAGACUACGUGUUCGAGUUCCGAAGUGGGCGGAAGCAGCUGAUGGAAGAUGCGUCGAUGGGCCGCGGCGCUUUCCACGAUAACCCAGCCGUGUAUGGAACUUUGGAGUUGUCUUAUGCGGCAUUGCAGAAGAAAUCCAAGGAGGAUAACCGCGAAGGACGAGCUGCUCUCAAUGCACUCCGGAUCCUCUGCAUCUUUUGCUUCUACCACAACGAGAACCUCAUGGAGCAGAUACUUGAGCGGGCUGCCACCGACAAAAGGUUUGAAGCAGACUAUCUAGGGGACGACGGCGGCGGUAUUGCCCCACUGCCUUUGAUCGGUCCUAUGCAGGAAGGCGAAUGGGAUCCCGCGAACUUCAGGGACGGAAUCCGCAUCCUGAAGAGCUACUCUUUGAUCAAGAAGUCUGCCAUGAACGAAAAAUGGCAUUCCAUGCAUGUUCUCGUGCACUCCUGGGCUCGAGAUCGCAUGGAUCCGGAGACAUUCGUCUUUCAACGCAGAGCUGCGCGCUUGCUGCUUUUCUUCAGUGUUCGAAGACAAGACAAGCUCAGUGACGAGCUCUAUGCUAGUCAGGUCCUGCCACACUUGCGAGCGUGUCUCGGACACAGGGGAGAAGAAGAUCUCGAGUGGAUGCGGCGGACGGAGCAUGAGGGGAAGUUCGCGAGAGCCCUUGUUGAGCUAGGCCUUUGGCAGGACGCCACCGCACAGUGGGAAGCUAUACUUGCCGACAGAGAACAGCACCUCGACCGCACAGAGUGGCCGGUCAUUUCGGGCAUGUGGGACUUGGCAAAAGCUUACCGGGACUGGGGCCGUCUGGAGAAGUCGGAGAAGGUCUUUGAAGAGAUCAUAACGCUUUUGCCACAAUGUCCGCAGAAGAGGAUGGCUGCCCUGAAGUUGUGGGACAUCCACAUCGACCUCAGCAAAGUCUAUCUUCAACAGGCCAGGUAUUUGGCGGCAAAGAAUCUGUUGUUCUGGAUUCUUGAGACUGUGGAGAGCUAUGGCUGGACUUCGGGUAGCUUCCGCCGAACCGUCACGACGCUUGCGACGGCGCUGCGGUUGAAUGGAGAAACGGAGGCAGCGCUCGGGGUCGAAAGCUUCAUCCUCCAUCGUUGUAUCGACGACGCGAACAUUGGCCCCGGCCACCGAAUCACGAUGGGUUGCAUCAGCAACAUUGCCGCCCUGCGCUGCGAGAUGGGACUCUACGAGAAGGCGGACGAGAUGUGGCGUGAGGUGCUCGACAUUGACGAGGACCUGAGAGGAAAGGAACACCCCAUUACAUUGAAUUCGAAACGCAAUGUGGCGACGGGGUGCGCGAAGUUGGAGAAAUUAUGGGAGGCCGAAGAUAUACUCCGGGAAGUGUUGGUAGUCAGCGAGCGUGUUCUGGGGACAGACCAUCUCGAUACGCUGACGACGAUGGACCAGCUUGCCGGUGUGCUUGUACAGCGAGGCAAAACAGAAGAAGCGGAGGAAUUGUGGAGGUCCUGUCUCAGAGGGAGAAAGGUGUGGCUGGGAGAGCAGCAUCCAUUGACACAAAGGACGGAGAAAGCGCUUUCACGGGUUGCUGAGGGGACGAUGGUGCUUGUGCAGGAAGACUUCCAAAACGACGGCUUCUUGUCUUAUGGAGACAGCAACUAUGUUUCCCAAGCUGAGCGCGAUACCUAUUUGUAUUAG